AUGGCGGCAUGUCAAUUUCUUUUUCGAAUACAAAUUUUUUCUUUAUUUUUCCUCUGUCUUGGUUUGUUUAGCUUAUAUACGACAUCAGCCUCAAGUAUAAGAGGGGUUGCCCUAACUAGUAAGUAUUUUCUACUAAAUCUAAACGUUUACAGAGGCGAUCUGCGCCUGCAAAUCUGGUUCAUAGUGGUUAAAAAAUUUCCAGGACUUGAUCGAUCCUGCAGAGUAUUGUUGUAUUUUGUUUUCGGUAAUAAUGAUAUAAUUUAGCCUUGGAUUACUGUGAGGAAGCUAUGUCAUAAUUAUCCCUUGAAUCGGUGUAAGAACUUGUCUGUAUAAUAAUUAAAACCCAGCAAAAAGGGUAAACCUGGAUGCAACUUAAUUUGCAUUCCAUGUUUAACCCUUUAAACUUGCAUGCAGUGUGAUUUUAAAAGUGAUUUUUUCAUUAAGGGCAAGUUUUAAUUGCACUUUCAAAAAAUGUAAAGCCUGAACAAUGCAGGAUAAGAGUUAGUCUUAUUGUUUAAUGAAACACUAAGUUUCUAUGGGUUCAGCUGGCAAACCAAUCAUUACCAUUUGCAAUGAUUAUGUGCUUCAUGCAUAUUUUUUGUUUUUGCCUUUUAGGGUUACCAUUUUAUGAUAGCUCAAAAGACUUCACUUGCUUUGAUGGCUCACUAACAGUUCCUUUUAAUUCUGUAAAUGAUGAUUAUUGUGAUUGUGCUGAUGGUUCUGAUGAACCAGGUAUGGUAGCCGUCUUCAUUUUUUGCCAAAUGGUGUAACGUCAAUAAACUGUUAUUUGGGUUUUCAGUGAUUUUGUUACAAAUUGUUAUGGUGAUUCCUGGGACCCAUCUCGUGAAACAUCAUGAGUCCCAGUUAAAAAUUCUUGGGCCAUUAUGUAACCAGACAGUCAAUCUGAAGACAGACUCUAAAACUCUGUAUUACAAUAUACUGAAAUUAAAAUAUAGUCUUUUUAUUUUAAUGCACAACAAAGGCUAAAAGAAUAUGUAUUGUUCAACAACAGCCACAAUAACUGCCACAGAAAUACACAAAUGGUCCGAAUAUCUCUACAAAUACACAUGUUCAGAUUGAUGAUCAAUCUUGUGUCCUACAGGAUGCAUACCAUGAAUUGUUUAGCAUUUUGGGGAAUUUUUAAGCGUCAGGGACAAAGGAUGCAGAGUUAACAAAAUCACUGGCUUUUCCCCACUGUGGAGCCUGUUCCCAGGCUAACCCCCCAAAACCCCUUUAUCAUUACUCCUGUACUAAGGGUGGGAGAGAUAAGCAUUGACUAAAUCAUUGAAACCUUUCGAUGCAAGAUUAUGACUAAAAUUCUAAACUCGAUCCUUUAGGAACUUCAGCUUGCUCCAAUGGAAUAUUUCACUGUACAAAUGCUGGAUUUAGACCAUUGAACAUUCCUUCAUCAAGAGUAAAUGAUGGCUUAUGUGGUAUGUCAGGAAUUUAUUUACAUGUACAUUGAGUGAUAUUUUACUUUUGUAAUAAUUAUUAUAUGGUGCAUGUAUUUGUGGCUAUUAAAAUAUUAAUAUUAACAAAAGUGGAGCUCCAUGCACACCCCAAUCGCACACAAGCAGAGCCCUAUACCUAAGAAAUGUGGUCAUGUAUCCAUCCAAGAAAUUUUGGUAAUCACAUGACUGUCUGUCCGCCCAACCACCCGUCUGUCCUCACCGCGGGGGGACCAACAUUAAAUGUCAACCUUUUAGCUAGUGUGGGAGCCUGAAACCCGACAUUGUACAUCCAUAUUGUGGUUAAUUGACAACUGUCAAAACAGGGUAUCCGCUGAUCAGUAUCACAUGACCAUAUUGCAGGCUCACAUAUUGACCCAUCUAGGUUAUGUGUUUUUUUGAAGUUCUCUGCUGACAAGUUUUGAGUUUUUGACUGAUCACAGGCUCAGGUUUAAGUGAAUGUCUAUUUAUUAACUGGAACUUCGCCUUUAGCCUUGGCUAGAUAAUAUAUAUUAUAUUUAUAACAUUCAGAUUGCUGUGAUGGCAGUGAUGAAUACGAUGGAUCAGUCAGUUGUCCAAAUACCUGCAAGUAAGAUAUGAAAAAUUACACGUAUAAGAAUCUCUAAGUCUAGUAAGCAAAAUAACCAAUCAAUUUUUAUAGUAAAAUUCUGCCAGUAAUAUUAAUUUUCUUAUUUGCAAAUUAGGCAUUCUCUUGUUGGUAACAAUACAUCUUGUGACCUUUCUCUGUGAAUGUCACAGUUUGUCAGAGAUGAUUUGUUUACUCUGGCCAAAAAGAGAGAAAGGAGAGUAAAAGGCCUUUCACCAAGUCAUUUUGGGCACAUGUGAUUGCCUUAAGUGAAAGUUUGCUUGGCAACAAGAUAACUUAAUUUUCUGUUAUAUUCUCGUUAUUACUCUAAUUGAGAAAAUGCAAUCUGUAUAAGAAAUUUUUUUUUAACACUACUCUCAUUUUUUGUUAACUUUACAUGAAUUGAAAAACAUAGAAAGUAGUUACAGCAUGCAGUUAUGAUAUCAUAAGAACAGGCUUGUCGCUGGUGAAUAAAAAUUAAUUCCAUUCAACCUGAUUAACAACCUUGCUUCAUAAAUUUAUUUCAGGGAACUUUAUAAAGAACUUUAUCAAAAACAGAAAGAAGAAGCUGAACUAGCAAAGCAGGUACCUAAACCUUCUCACCCAACUUUGCAGUUUUAAAUAAUUUUUCAGUUAACUUGUUUCCAUGGUCUUUGCAAUUACGAUGUAGCUCAGGGCUAUAUGUACAUUUGGAUAACCCUUUAAAUCCACGACCCCUAAUCUAAGAGUUUGUAAGGCUUAAGGGUUAGAGUUGGGGGUAAGAGCUACAGUAGGGUUAGAUCAGAGAUGCAAUGAGAGGAAGUAAUCAGCUCAUUUUUUUUUUUUUUUGCUUCUAUCUAAGUGACAUCUCAUACUGCUCAUGUCUACUGGUUGUAAAAAGAUAAAUGUACAAAUUAAUAAUAUUACAAAGCUACAAGAACUGGGAAAUUGAUGUGUGGAAACUUUAAUGGUAAAGAUAGGGCUAAUAUGCGCAAAUGUAUAAGACUGUGAAGCUGGUAUCCAUGAUUUUCUUGAUUCAAGGGUCUCGCUGUAAAACAAGACUACAGCAGACAGGGUCAAGAGACGAAAGAAGAGAGAAAGGUAUGUGUUUUUUGGUUUUACAUCUAGUUAUUUUGGGAGAUGGCCGAGGGUAACUAUUAACCAUGGUUCAUAUUAUCAGUUCCCCAAGAGCCAAAGAAGUCAUUGCCCCAUAAAUUCUUCGAGGACUUGGUACAGUACUACCUAAAUGUCACCCCAGAGCUGAAUGUUUGGAGCUAAUAAUUAUCUGGUGCUAAAGAACUUUGUUAUGCUGUUAAAUUGGACAGUGCAUGACUUUCUGUAGUGAUCACUUUUUAAUUUUCUUAUUGCGUAUUAAUUAGGCUUGUCAUGUACCUUUUUGCUUUCAUUUAUAAUCUAGAUUAAUUUUGUAGAAAAAUCAUUCCUGUUUUAAAAUUCCUUUUAGCAAAAGCUCGAGGAGCUUAAGAAACAGUUGGAAGAUAAGAAAGCUUUGGUUGAAGAACUGAAAGGUACUAUUAAUAAUGUUACAAGCAUCUAUGCUUAAGAAGCAUCUUCAGUACAACUUACCUAGUGAGUCUCCUUUAUAAGCAAUGGCUCUGGUACACAGGUGGAAAUCAGGAGUUUAAGCUAGGAAAUUAAAUUGUUAAUCUACCAGACCCUCACAAUAACAUUUUGUCUUGUACAUAUUUACAUAUUAUUGUUUUCCUUAACUGUAUACUCAGGGAAAAAAGAGGAAGUUGAGGCAACUGAAAAGGAAGCCAAGGACAAACAUGAAAAAGCAUGGGAAGGUUAGAAUCUUUAUUGUGCUUUUAGGGUCUUAACAACAUGAAGCCAUUAGGCUUGGCUCGGACAUCUUUGUGGCAAAUAUUUGUAGGUUUUUUUUAAAUUCAAUUUCAAGUUCAUUUAUUCACACUUAUUCACUUACAAUACAACAACAAUAAGGCCAGCAUUGGAAGAUAGUCCAUUGACAGGUCUAAGAUUGGGUGGGGGGCUGCGUAACCAAUGGCGUUGUGGCAAAACCAGAGGGUGGGUAGGGAGGGGACUUUUUGUCACGUUCCGAAAUCUUUCUGUGUCUUCUCAAACAUGAAAUUUAUUCUGAAUUGUUUGGUUGUCCUGUGGUUCAUUCAUAAUAAAUGGUGCACAGGGCACCCAUCCUAACUUGGUUCUGUAGCUUGCCAUGUGGAAAGGAUUUUGCAUGGAUCUAGUUAUCCUUCAGUUGAUAUGCUUAAUGAGUUCUGUUCUCAUAAUUUUUUUAUUUAGAAACCAAGGUCAAGAUAUUGGCUGAAAGAGACAGAGCAUCUGCAGAGGCUGCUUUUAAAGCUCUUGAUACUAAUGCUGAUGGAAGGUGAAUAUGUUGCACAUUUUUUGUACUUUCUCUGGUGUUUUCAAGGCUGGUAAAAAAAAACAGUUUUCUUCCAUAAAAUAUGUUAGUAUUUCUUUAUUUAUUAUUUUUGAAGAAUUCACGGAAAGGGUGAAUUUAUUUUACCAUUAUAGCUCUACUGCUGGGUUUAUUAUGAAAACAUUUUCAUUUUUUUGCAGUUUUUCAAUAUAAAUACAAUAUGUACUAUGUCUUCACUACAGACUCACAGUCCAAGAAGUUGUUGAUACUGAACUCAUGGAUAAGAAAUACACUGAAGAUGAGGCUAGAGUGAGUGCCUGUAAUAUUUUGCCAUUUUAUACUCUCAAAUCUUUACUUUUAAUUAAUACAAAACAUACACAGUAUUACUACAGCAUCUCGGCUAAAUCAAGCCUCCUAAAUAGUAAUAAUAAUGAAAUAAUGAUGAUCAUGAUGAUAAUAAUAAGGUUAUAAUCAUUGUAGUAGCAAUUAUUAAUAGUAAUAUUAAAAAUAAUAAUGAUUAUGUUAUUACAAUGUUGUAUACUACUCAUUAACCAAGAGUGAGGUCAUUACCGGGAAAUCUCAGACUGAGGCCUUGAUGUAUCGCUUGGUCAAUACAUCAAGGGUGAGGUCUGAGAUUUCCCUGUAAGGACCGAAUGGACCAGGUUAAUAAGUUAUUUAUUAUUUUUAUGGCCUUCUUAUUAUGGACCUGAGCCUGCAAUCAAUUAAAACCAACAACUGGUCAGCAGAUAACUUUAAAAAAAACACGUCACCUCAAUGAGUUGUACAGUUGAGCCCACAAUACAGUCAGGUGAUACUGGUCAGCAGAUACCCUUUUUGACAGCUGUCAAUUGACCAUAACAUGGAUGUUCAUAAGAAUGUCCUCUAUCAAGUUCAAACACAGAUUGUAUAUGCUUUGGACACCUAGCUAGUAAUGCCCGGUCAUUACAAUGAAACAGCCAAUCAGUGCGCAUGCAUGUACUACUGUAGCCAUAUAAUAAAGUAAAAUAUGGAAAAAAUAAUAAUAGUGAUGACAGUAAUGGAUAAGAUCUGCAAUGAUUGAAAUUAUUUUUUCCAGGAACUUCUUGGAGGUUAUGAGGAGUCAGACUUUGAAAGCUUUUUCACCGCACUUUGGAGCACAUUCAAAGGGAAAUACCUUCAUAAACAGGUAAAAUGAUUAAAUUUUGUUUGACUAUUCUCUUUUGAAGCCAUUGGAGGAGAUUUUUAUUUGUUACAGUGUGGUUGACAGCACCAGCACUUUACUUAUCAGUGACAAGAUUUUCAAGUUGUGUUAGUAGACCCAAAUACAGUGGAACCCCGUUAAUAUAGUCACCAAUGGGCCAAAAAAAUUUGACCGCAUUAACAGAUAACCGUAUUAAAAAGGGUUUUUUUACAUGAAAAUGUUUGGCCGUUUUGCCAGGAGGUCAAAAAAGGGCGCUGUAAUAACAAGGUGACCGUAUUACUGAGGUGGCCUUGUGUACAUGUAUAGGGCUGGGAUGGCCAUAAAGUUGACUUGAAAAAAGCAAGGGUUUAUGUGUAGUUAAUGAACAAGCAGUCUUGUCUUUUUAAGAGUGCCUCAUGUUUUAGACUAGAUAUAAAAAACAAACUGUUAGUUAAUGGAAUGCCUUCAACUUCCUGUUAUGUGGAUCUAGUCAGCAGUGUGUAAAGAUCGAGGGUCUUGCCCGAUAGCCCAGGGCAAGCAGAUUUUGCUGUAGGGAUAGCGAAUUCUGUUCUUAACUUGCCCAAUGGGCAAGCAAAGUUUUCUAGGCAACUCAAAUUACAGAAGAACUGUAUUCAAUCCUGCUCAUCCUAAAAGUAUUUCAGGCUAAUUUAAAUAACUCAUGGGCAAGUACAUGGUCGCUACAGCCUGCCUGUAUGGCAGGCUGUGAUAUUGACUUUCUUUGCACCCUGUUCAGUCUUGCAGUAGUAUUUUGAUUUGGCUUGAUUUUGGCCAAGACAAUUAAUGGAGAUAUAAGCCAUGUCUCCACCAGAUGCAGAUUCAUCAAAUGUUAAUUUCCUUUGGAUCUUCUUGUAUUUAGUCCAUUGUUGAGUUUCAGUGUAUUCUUAAUUUAUGAGUGUUAUAAAGUCAUAUGUAAGUUAAUCUAAACUCCUACUAAUAAAUAUCAUUCUAUUAUCCCAGACAGAACCACCAACAUCUGAAGAAUCUGAGAAAGCGGGAGAAAAGCCAACAGAUGGUGUGUUAAUAUUUAGCAGAAAAAAAAAUGUGGUUGAAUAUAUGUGAUAUUAGAUCUGACUAGAUGAAGCUCUUAUAAUGUUUCAUAAUAAUUCUGUAUAUUGCCACCGCACGCCUAUGGGUUUUUCAAGUUUAAAAUUUUGCUCAUAACUUAAUCAGGAAGGCUAGAAAGUCUAACUGUUUGCAAAUUUCAAAGGGUAGCACUUUCUCCUCAGUUGUUUAAAGGGGUUAUUUCACAAGGGUAUUGCUGUUUAACCCUUUAAGUCCUAAUAGUGACCAAGAUCAAUUUUCUCUUAACAAUAUCCAUACACUGUCAAGAGAUUAGGUUAUGAGAAUUAAUAAAAUGAUCACCCAAGAGAAAAUGCCUUGAUCUUUUAUCAAAUUCUCACAACUAAUUCUUUAAGGAAAUGUAUGAAGAUCAGUUUGGAGAAUUUGUAUGUGGAUACCGGGGCUUAAAGGGUUAAGGCUAAUUCUCUGCUGAAGUUAUUACUUAGUGCCUUUACAAAAUGUACCCAAAUACAAAAUGCUCCUGUACAGUAAUGAAGAUAUCUGACAAAUUUUAUCAGGGAGCACAAAGCAUAAUUUUUCUGGCAAUUUUUGCAGACAAUAGCAUUGAAACUUGAAAAUGUUGGGCCAACUUUUUCAAGGUUUGAUCUAUAUCCAUUUUCGCCAUCCAUUUCAACCGACGAGAGGAAACAGUUUUAGUGCCUAAAUAAUGGUGUUAAAGAAUUAAACUGGACUGUUAAAUCUGGAUUUCUGUGGAAGCAAAGACACGUUUUAUAUUUUUUUAAGAAAGUUAACAAAUAGCGUGACACACCGUUGCAAGGAACCUGAAUUGAUAUUGUUAUUGGAAAUCAAACAUUGCAUGCACAGCCUACAGAUUAGUCAAUUAUCUUCUAGCAGAUAACUAACUAAUCUGUAGGUUGCGCUGAUUUCCAAAAUUAGCUUUAGGCUCUUAGCCAAUGAGAAGACAGAUAGUGAGUUAAAUGUAUAAUAAAUUUAUUUAUAUGUUAUGAACCUUAAGCUGCAGCUGCUGAGCCUGAGGACCCACCCUCCCCCCCUCCAAUUGACGACAACCUUGAUGAAGAUGAAGAUUUGCCAGAUGUUCCUGGCGAUGAUGAUGAUGAAGAGGAAGAGGAGGAUGAAGAUGGUGAUGAUGGGAAGGAGAUUCCUGAUGAACUUAAACAGGAAGCUGAGAAAAGAGCUGCAGAAAGCUCCAAAGAGAGUGGGUUCAUAAAUCAAGUAGAACUCUCUAAACUACCCAAAAAAAGCCCCAGGGCUUAUAGUUUUCAAAGGCCCUUUUUGGGGAGCUUAUUUUUGGAGGGGCUUAUAUUCGGAGGGGCUUACCUAUGGCGGAAAAUUUGCGUUCCAAAAUCGAUUCGGCUAGCCCCAUGGUUGCAAGGAAAUUUACCGUUUUUGCUUUGUUUUACUUUGUUUUUGAGGGCAAUUUCCAAGUAUGAGCCCCCAGGGAGGCUUAGAUUUGGAGUGGCGAAUUUAACGGAGGGCUUUUUGUGUUACGAGUUUGACGGGCUAUAUUUGGAGGGGCGUAUGUACAUGGAAACUAUUAUGUAAGACAGAAAGGUGUCUUUUGCUGAGGUUGAAUCGUAAUUGUGUGGUAGGCGUAGAUUACAAAGAUGUACCAAGUUUUCUUAAAAUCCUCGAAUAAACGCAUAUUUUUUUGAUUGGGUGGGUAGUUUAUUCGAGAUUGGUGUUUAUUGGUAGUUUUGCUUUCAUUGAGGGUGGCAUUUAAAUAGAGUAAAUAAAGUAGUAUUAUUGUUAAACCAGACUUGAAUAGCUUUGAAAAAAUGAGUAGCUUUAGAGCUUUACAUUAUCAAGCGAUCAUGGAAUUUAUGUCUUACUCAUUUGUGAAUUAAUUUUCCUUUUUCUUGCACAAUAUUUUAUUCUAAGACCGCACCCCUCACUUCAGUCAUUUCCUUUUGAACGUGAACUGAAAGAGCAUAAUCAGUAUUAUUAUCAAGCUUUAAUUUUUUUUCUUUUCAAGUUAACGCUGGUUAAGUAAACCUGACUGACUUUGCUGUGGCAUUUCACUUACAGAGAACAAAGAAGGUGAUGAUUUAAAGAUGCCUGAAUACGAUGAAGAGACACAAGCCAAAAUUACCGGUACAUUUUAUUUGCUCAUCAUUGACGAGCUGUGGAGUUGAGGAGUUGUACUAACAAUUGUUUUAAUAUUUGCUACAGCUGCUGAUCAGGCCAGGAAAGAAUUUAAUGACGCAGAGUCAGCUACUCGAGACACAGAAAAGGAAAUCAGGUCUGUUUAUCUGUCUAUGCCCCAAUAUCCACAUACAAAUUCUCCAAACUGAUCUCUAUACAUUUCCUUAAAGAAUGAGUUGAGAGAAUUUGAUAAAAGAUCAAAGCAUUUUCUCUUAGGUGAUCAUUUUAUUAAUUCUCAUAACCUAAUCUCUUGACAUUGUUUGGAUAUAUUUAGGAGAAAAUUGAUGUUGGUCACUAUUGGGACUUAGAGGGUUAACUGUUUAUGCAAACAGCCGAACAACCACAAAUGUAUGCGAUUUAUGUAGUAUGAUCCAAAAACAGGCUGUGUGAGAAGACAGGCUAUCAACCUUUUUAAAUCAUGUUAUCUUGUACUACAUGACUACAACAAGAGCGAUAGGUCCAAAGGGAAAGAUUUGCUUCAUAACGCCCGUAGAGGGAAUUAAGGAAAUUUAUUAUUAUUAUAAUUAAAGAAAGGAUUCUUUGAGGAACUGAUGACAAGGGUGUAGUAAAUGUUGUGGUCGACAAGGGCAAGCUACACAUUUAAAAGUCCAUGAAAAAGACAUAUGACAAAAUGUAUAUUUUAAAAAGGUUGUGUUGGGGGUAAUCUACUCUAAAAAUGAUGAGAAUGAGAAAGGCAAGUGAUAGUUGAGUGGGGGAUGACAGAGGGGGCGUCGUCAUUGCUUAAGCUCCCUUCCCGGUUGGAUAAAAGCUGUGUUGCUCUUUCAAGCAGUAUAACUGUGUUUGGUUCUCCUCUUUUUAGUGAUCUUGAACGUGUCUUGAACUUGAAUCUGGGUCAAGAAGAAGAAUUUUCGCCACUUCAAGGCCAGUGCUUCGAAUACACUGACAGGGAGUAAGUAUUCACUUGUGUUACAACUAAAACAAGAUGCACAAGCAGGAUGGAGUACAUGUAUUGAGGCGCGUCACGGAGUAGCAUGGAGUGACAUGUUAUAGCGUAGUUAACCACACACCAGUCAUUUUCUCGGCGACGCCUAAAAUAUACCGGAGACUGUCUUACAAUCUUGCAUUUGAAUUCGCAGGCGCGUCAAGACAACUGAAGUUUCCUUUUCUCUCGAUUUUCAGGUAUCUAUACAAAGUUUGCCCAUUUGACAAAGCUUCUCAACAACCAAAGGACGGAGGCUCAGAAACAUCUCUGGGGUGAGCAUUUUGUCGAAUUUCGUUUUCUUAUUAUAUCUUUCCUUUAUUUAUAAGACAGGCAUUUCCUUCCUUUAAUAGACAGGCAAGGUUGAUAGACCAAGCGAUCGAAUUAUGCUGCAAUAGCCCCGUCACCUACUUUGGGCUUUGUUAAAACUAUAGCGGAUAGCCUUUCAUGUCACGUCAAACUGGAGAAACAGUUUUUCAUCCGUUAUUGCCAAGUGUUUUAUCUAGCUUCUCAACUUUUGAGAAAAACAUAAAUAAAUACAGUCGAAUCCCGGUAACUCGAACCCUCUAUAGAUAGAUUAAGAUUCACGUUUACGCCAAACGGCGGACGUGAAUUUGUACCACGUGACCAAGUUUUCCUCUUAUUUUCCGUUUACUCUUUAUUGCUUCUACACAAAAAUAAGUAGUUUUAUGCCAGUUUUAACCAUAGGAAUCGUUCGGGACUGUUUUUAUCUUCUUAUUUUCUAUUCUGAGAAAUUCUCAACGUGAGUCUGACGUUUGCCGUUUGCGGUAAAUGUGAAUCUUAAGAGAGAUUAAGAUUCACGUUUACGCCAAACGGCAAACGUGAAUUUGUACCACGUGACCAAGUUUUCCCCUUGUUUUUCGUUUACUGUUUAUUGCUUCUACACAAAAAUAAGUAGUUUUAUGACAGUUUUGUCCACAAGAAUCGUUCUGGACUGUUUUUAUCUGCUUAUUUUCUAUUCUGAGAAAUUUUCAACUGACGUUUGCCGUUUGCCGUAUGCCGUAAACGUGAAUCUUAAUCUCUCUAUAAUCUCUCUUAUAACUCGAACCUACCACUAACUCGAAGCAAUUUACAUUUCCCGUCAGAUCGCAUUCUUCAUAAUUUCACCCUCGGUAACUCUAACUAUUUUCUCUUUUCCUUGAGGGUUCGAAUUAUCGGGAGUCGACAGGAAAAAUAAAAAAGGCCAAGGAAGAAGCUCGCUAAACUUUAUUCAUGAGUCAUGUGAAAGAUUCUUCGGUUCUUUGGUGCGAUUCCCAUCAUUAAAGAAUUUCUUGUAAACAAAUUUCUUGUAGAACUUGGGGUGAAUGGACAGGAGACCCCAACAAGUACAGUCAAAUGAAGUAUUCAGGAGGACAGAGCUGCUGGAAUGGACCUAGUAGGUCAGCUGUGGUAAGUCAGAAAAAGAUGGUGUUGUGUUCACACAUUGAGCGAGUACCCGCGACAUGUAACCGUGUACAUAGUUACUCCAUUUCACCCUGUCGGACUCCAUUUUAAACAAGAGCUUAGCAGCGAGUACAAAGCAGUGGACUGCUACAGAACGAAAACGAUGCACACACAGGGACCUUGCGACUGUUUCUCGAAAGUCCCGAUAACUUUUGGGGCCCCGAAAGCUGUUUUGUGUUUGUUGUGUUUGCAUUCAAGAUCAAAGUUUCAAUAACUUUGAAAAUAGAACAAUAAAAGUAUCAGUAAACGAAGCAAUUUUGAUUGGUUUGUGGGCUAGGAACUGUGGUACUAUUCAAGAGGUUUUGCUUUUGAAAUUUGCCUUCGGGCCCGAAAAGUUUCCGGGUCUUUUGAGAAAUUAGCCGCUGGCGCUCAUGUUCGUGUCUGAGGACCUUGUACUCACGCAUCGGCACCGUGCCCGAAUUAUAGCGUGGGUACUUCAAAAAAGCGAGUGUUCACAUUAGUGCCCAGCAAAUACGUUCCCAGGCACCAUGCCCGGUAACAAAGUGUGAACGCGACCUGACUAUACUCAAUUGCCUUCAGUGUAACUUCCACGGUUGUGUCUCAUCCCCUUGUUUCUUCUUUGUACACAUUAGGGUGCGUAGAUCUAACGAAAAAAUUACAUUGCCAACCAGAAACUGUAUUAAACCUCUGCUUCGUGUUACUUGUGUAGGUAAACCUUCGAUGUGGCUCGGCAAAUGAAUUGGUGCAAGUAACGGAACCUAGCAGAUGUGAAUAUCUCAUGGAAUUCAAAACUCCUGCUGCGUGCCAGAACGUUGAUGUGGAGUCGUCUUUCACUCACCAACAUGGCGAUGAGCUUUGACCACUCAUCCUGUACAGAAUUUUCUAUUAGAAAAAUUUAUUAAUUUUGUUAUCUGGCAGUUGUGUCAUAAGCUGGCAAGACACUAGACUGCGAGCAGUCUCUCUUUUUCUUCAGAUUUAGUGAGAGCAAUGCACGCGCGCGGGAGCGGCGAAGCCGCGAGACGCGCAAAACGAGGGCGGCCGCCCGAGAAGAAAAAAGUGCUCUCCCGUCUCACGCCAUCAGUCACGCGCCGUCUUGCUCGACGGACUACAGAAAAAAGAGAGACUGCUGGUAGUCUAGCAAGACACAAGCACAAUGAAAACUGAGCGGGGCUACCUGUUCUAUAAAAAAAUAUUGUCAGCGGUUAUCACUACAAGCGGCUUGCGCAGCUAAGGCCUUGUUUAUAUGGAGAAAAGUCGUGCCGGGGAUAAGGCUCACUCGCCUACCCCGGCGAGCUCUCCUGGGCGAGCGGCGAGCCAACUUUUUCUACAUUUUCUUACAAAACGAGGCGAACCGUUUAAAUGAGAAACGAAAAGUUGGUUUGGCUAGAAGAGCGACUCUUCUAGCUGGGUCAUCUUUUUUGUGAUGGUAGAGUCACCCUCGUGACUGGGCAAACGUUUCUCCACAUAAACACUUCGGCCCGGCCAAGUCAAGACAAUAGGGACUUUACGAUCUAACGAGGCGACGGCAACGGUGGCGAUUAUUCCUACCCACUUACUUUGUCAAAUGUAGGCGAACCCUCCUGAAGCUGAAUUUCAGAGAACCAUAUCCAAGCUCAGAACGAGAAAUAAAAUUUCGUCGUUGCUUGACGUUUACGUCCUGCACAAAACGCGAAUCUUGGCAUUUUCACGUCGUGGUCGUGAAAAAACGGGAAAGGAAUGUACAAAAAAGUGUGAUACACGUGCGAAGUUGUUGUUUUGCUUAUCAAACCGUUUUUUUUUUCCUUUUUUUUUACGUUCUCGUUGCCGUCCGCUUCUCGACGCGUCGCUGGAUCUUGAAGUUCCUAUUCAGAACAUGCGCAAGCGCUAUUGGCGCGAACAAAGGGGUAAAAUUUUUCUUAUAAACACUCUCUAAAGUUGAAUCGGCUGGGAUGCUGACCAAUCUACCCGGGACAGGAUUUCUCCAUGUAAACGAGGUCUUAAGGAAUUUAUCAACUUUUUGUAAUAGAGCCGUUGCUCACGCGGCCAAGGUUCAAAUUAUUGAUAGUCUUUAUGACCACCCGAUGCAUGUAAUNUGAGUCACCCUCCUGACUGGGCCAACGUUUCUCCACGUAAACACUUUGGCCCGGCCAAGUCAAGACAAUAGGGACUUUAAGAUCCAACGACGCGGCGGCAACGAGAACGUCGCUUUAAAAGUGAAUUUGCGUUCUUUCAGUUUUUAUAGCGAUUAUUCCAACCCACUUACUUUGUCAAAUGUCGGCGAACCCUCCUGAAGCUGAAUUUCAAAGGAACAUAUCCAAGCUCAGAACGAGAAAUAAAAUUUCGUCGUUGCUUGACGUUUACGUCCUGCAGAAAACGCGAAAUUAGGCAUUUUCACGUCGUGGUCGUGAAAAAAGGGGAAAGGAAUGUACAAAAAAGUGUGAUGCACGUGCGAAGUUGUUGUUUUGCUUAUUAAACCUUUUUUUUUCUUUUUUUUUUACGUCCUCGUUGCCGUCCGCUUCUCGACGCGUCGCUGAAUCUUGAAAUCCCUAUUCAGAACAUGCGCAAGCGUUGUGGCACGAACAAAGGAGUAAAAUUUUUCAUAUAAACACUCACUAAAGUUGAAUCGGCUGGGAUGCUGACCAAUCUACCCGGGACAGGAUUUCUCCAUGUAAACGAGGUCUUAAGGAAUUUAUCAACUUUUUGUAAUAGAGCCGUUGCUCACGCGGCCAAGGUUCAAAUUAUUGAUAGUCUUUAAGACCACCCGAUGCAUGUAAUGUAAUGUAGCCUAACGCA